AUGACCUACGUAAAAGGCGACGGUUUCCUCUCUCAAACGUGGCUCUCAUUCCUCAUUGUGUUUCUCCCUCCGACUUCCCUGCCUCUGUCUUUCUCUUCUUCUCUCCCUCACAGUAGGUUUGGUACUAAGUGUGCCCGCUGUGGGCGGCAGAUAUACGCCAGCGACUGGGUGCGCCGCGCCAGGGGAAAUGCGUACCACUUGGCGUGCUUCGCCUGCUACUCGUGCAAGAGGCAGCUGUCCACGGGAGAGGAGUUCGGUUUGGUGGAGGACAAGGUCUUGUGCAGGAUCCACUACGACACCAUGGUGGAGAACCUCAAACGAGCAGCUGAGAGCGGCAACGGCAUCACAUUAGAAGGCGCAGUUCCAACAGAACAAGACAGUCAACCCAAACCGGCCAAAAGGGCGCGGACGUCCUUCACCGCGGAACAGCUACAAAUCAUGCAGGCGCAGUUUGCUCAGGACAACAACCCAGAUGCCCAGACGCUACAGAAGCUAGCCGACAUGACCGGCCUGAGCAGGAGAGUUAUACAGGUGUGGUUUCAAAACUGCAGAGCAAGACAUAAAAAGCACACGCCCCAGCACAGUGGGGCUUCCCAAGGUCACCCUCAGUCCAGGAUCCCCUCGUCGCUGCCCGAUGAGCUGCAUUACUCCCCCUUUGGCAGUCCCGAGCGAGCGCGCAUGGUGGCCCUGCACGGCUACAUCGACAGUCAUCCGUUCUCCGUCCUGACCUCUCAGAGCCUCCCUCACCAGGCCAUGUCGCUGCCCCAGCUCCCCCUCAGCCGCUAGUCCCUCACCUCGACCCCUCGCGACCUCCCCCCUCCUCCUCCUCCCCCUCCCCUAACCUCCGGACCCUCACCCUUGAUCUCCCAUCUGCGGCCGACCCGACUCGAAAGGUUCAGGCAGGAGUCAACUCGGAGAAAAAGACUAAUCUUACAGGAGCCCUGCCCACUUGGAAACAGAAAAGAGACAAAAAAAACUGAGAUACAUCUGUCGUUGUGUUCUUUUCUUUCUGGGGACAGGAAUAUCUCACCUGCAGCCAGUUUCUCAGAAAUGAUUGUGAAGCGUUUAUCAUUAGCAGGAACUCACAGACUGUGAUUUUACACCACCUGACGGACCCAUUUUUGCUUCACGUGUACAGCGUCGCUCUGCUCUUCUUGCCCGCCUUCUCGCUCGAAGGUGACGGGAGUUUUUAAAGGGAUCAAACAGACCGAGGAAGCAGGACUGAAGCUUCUCGAGUGCCGUCAGAAUACUGAAGAUAAAAUUAAAAGGGGGACCCGUCAUUGCGGCCCGAGGGCCAGGCGCACACACACUAGACCACAGUAGAGGUAAGACUCCUCCCUCUUUUCUCUCUAAGCAACCAUGAAGGAAACCUAAAUGUAAACAAAAUACUUUGAUUGUUGAGAUUUUUUUUUUUUUUUUCCCGGAAUGACAUUUUGACUGUAUGACAUCUCAAAAAAACAGAAACUUCCCACUUUGAUUUUAUGGUAAAAUGAUCCAGAAUUCGAUUUUUGUUGAAGAAUAAAAACAUUAUGUGCCUUAUCUUGUAUUAUUAAUAGAAAUUAAAUGGAUUAUUAUACAUUAAACAAUGAUUUGGGUGUUUUUAAAUGGAAAUACAGAUGGAGAAAUUCAACGUAUAAUUCCAAAAUCGCUAAACAGAUUUUGCAGUUUAUCAUGAAGUAAAACCACAAAACUCAACAUUGGAGCUCGUGUAUUAAUAAAUAACAGCUCUAACAUUAGAAUCAGGUGUGAACAGAACGGAGGGAAGUCUGAGAUGAGCAUACUAGUCAAUCUGACAUGUUACAUAUUUUCACAUUUCCAAACAGGUGUAUUGUCACUAAUUUAUAAUUUAUAAGGUUGCCUGUUGGGAAAAUGGAGUUUUGGUACAAUACGGACAAUAUAAAACUAGACUGGGUUUGUACAUAGUAAGACGUAUGUGUGUGUGUGUUUCCGUGUGCGUGCGUAUGUGUGUGUAUUGGCAGGGGUAGAGAGUGUGCAUCUGUAUUUUAGUGCCAUGGCCAUUGUGUGAAGAACAGGAUCCAACAAGACCUCAAUGUCCUUGUAUUUAUUGAGAUGGUUAAAUCCCUGUAAAGCACUUUUUUCCCCCCUCCUCUUCUGAAAUUGUUUUGUUUUGUUAAAAAAACAUGAAAUGAAACAAAA